UACCAAUCCUCAUCCACUUCCAUCAUCACCAUCCCACCUCAACCAUCUCGACUCGAUCGCGCUCCCGAAUUAACACGUUUCGAUCGACGAGCCGAACAGGAUCCAGGAAGUCUGGGGUCAAAGAAACAAGAAUUGGUGAAACGCGCAGCUGGAGAAGUGCGCAUUGUUUUGGGUGGCCCUGGAGGGCGAAGGGUCGUCCUUGACCACGUCGCGCUGCCAUCUGCGCAGGCACUGCGAUCAUCGAAAAUCGUCUUGAAAAAUAAUAUCGUCUCUCUGGGAUAACGCGAGUAACCAUGUCGAACCUCAAUUUCCCUUAUUCGAGCGCGCCGCUGCGGACCGUCGAGGAGAUUCAGUUUGGCCUGUUCUCGGCCAAGGAAACCGAACGCCUCGCGGUCAUCGAUAUCGAAUAUCCUGAGACGAUGGAUGAGCAGCGCCUCAGACCUCGAGAGAAAGGUCCGAACGAUCCUCAUCUCGGUACAAUCGAUCGCAAUUUCAAAUGCAGUACCUGUGAAGAAAACAUGGCCGAAUGUCCUGGGCAUUUUGGUGUCAUCAAGCUUGCAACUCCAGUAUUCCACUAUGGUUUCAUGACCAAGGUCAAGAAGAUACUGGAGACUGUCUGCCACAACUGUGGCAAGAUCAAAGCGCUUGAUACUGAAGAGUUUAAACACGCGAUUUCCCUUCGAGACCGAAAGCGUCGUUUCGACGCAGUUUGGCGAUUGAGCAAGCCUCGACUUAUUUGCGAAGCAGAUCCUCCUGAUGAUCCAGACCAACCGCUCAAAGGACCUCAACAGCCUAAGCACGGCGGUUGUGGUAACGCGCAGCCUGAAAUCCGAAGAACCGGGUUGCAGCUGUGGGCAACCUGGAAACCGCGCAAGGGCGAUGACGACGAAGAUAUCACACCGGACAAAAAGCGAAUCUUCCCUCAAGAUGCUCUCAAUACUUUCCGCACCCUCACUGAUGAGACUUUGGAAAUGAUGGGACUCAGUCUCGACUACGCUCGACCAGAAUGGAUGAUCUUAUCUGCGCUGCCUGUACCUCCUCCUCCCGUCCGUCCUUCUAUCAGCGUGGACGGGAGUGGUCAAGGUUCUCGUGGUGAGGAUGAUCUGACCUUCAAACUGGGUGAUAUCAUCAGAGCCAACCAGGCAGUGCUGCGGACAGAGGUUGACGGUACUCCUGACCAUAUCAAGGUCGACCUGUGCGAUCUUUUGCAGUACCACAUCGCGACCUACAUGGACAAUGAGAUUGCCGGCUUAGAGAAGGCACAACACAAGAGUGGUCGACCUAUCAAGUCAAUACGCGCGAGACUGAAGGGCAAAGAAGGUCGUCUGCGACAGAACCUUAUGGGAAAACGUGUGGACUUCUCUGCACGUACAGUUAUUACAGGUGAUCCGAACUUAUCUCUCGAUGAAGUCGGCGUGCCGCGCAGCAUUGCCCGUACACUGACCUAUCCUGAAACUGUCACGCCGUUCAAUCUCGAUAAGCUCAAGCGUCUCGUGGCCAAUGGUCCAAAUGAGCACCCUGGUGCGCGGUAUGUCAUUCGUGACACCGGCGAGCGUAUUGAUCUUCGCCAUCACAAGCGGGCUGGAGAGAUGACUCUGCAGUAUGGUUGGAAAGUCGAACGGCACAUUCAAGAUGGAGAUGUCAUUCUUUUCAACCGUCAGCCUUCCCUACACAAAGAGUCAAUGAUGGGUCACCGUGUUCGCGUCAUGCCUUACUCUACCUUCAGACUCAAUCUUUCGGUCACCACUCCAUACAAUGCUGAUUUCGAUGGCGACGAAAUGAACUUGCACGUUCCUCAAAGCGAAGAAUCUAGAGCCGAAUUGGCGAACCUCUGCAUGGUUCCUCUCAACAUUGUUUCUCCGCAACGCAAUGGCCCUCUGAUGGGUAUUGUGCAAGACACCCUCUGUGGUAUCUACAAGAUUUGUCGACGUGACAUCUUCUUGUCACGAGACCAAGUCAUGAAUGUCAUGAUGUGGGUUCCUGAUUGGGAUGGGGUGAUUCCUCAACCAGCUAUCAUCAAGCCUAGGCCCCGCUGGACGGGCAAGCAGAUGAUCAGUAUGGUUCUUCCGAAAGCCCUGAAUCUUGAACGAUUCGAAGCGAAGGGCGAUGCUUUCAGGGACCAAAAGGACGAAAGUCUAUCUCCCAUCAACGACACUGGCUUGAUGGUUUUGGAGGGCAACUUGAUGUUCGGUUUGUUCAGCAAGAAAUUUGUGGGCACCAGUGCCGGUGGUAUUAUUCAUACCAUCUACAAUGAGUUUGGUCACGAAGCUGCUAUGGCUUUCUUCAACGGUGCGCAGACUGUCGUCAACUACUGGCUUCUGCACAACGGCUUCAGCAUCGGUAUUGGUGAUACAGUGCCAGAUCCGGCCACGGUUGUCAAAAUUCAGCAAGCUGUCGAUGACAGAAAAGCCGACGUUGAGCAGCUAACCAAGGCGGCAUACAAUGAAGAUCUAGAACCUGCACCUGGUAUGAACGUCCGUCAGACAUUCGAAAGCAAGGUCAUGAACUUCCUCAAUCAAGCUCGUGAUCAGGCUGGUUCGGCAACAGAAAACAGUCUGAAAGAUCUUAACAAUGCCAUCACCAUGGCUCGAGCUGGUUCGAAGGGUUCAACGAUCAACAUUGCUCAAAUGACUGCCAUUGUUGGUCAGCAAGCUGUGGAAGGCAAGCGUAUUCCUUUCGGCUUCAAGUACCGUACUUUGCCCCAUUUCGCAAAGGACGACUACUCGGCACCAUCUCGAGGCUUCGUCGAAAACUCUUAUUUGCGAGGCCUAACUCCAACAGAAUUCUUCUUUCACGCCAUGGCAGGUCGUGAAGGUCUCAUCGACACAGCUGUCAAGACUGCCGAAACUGGUUACAUUCAGCGCCGACUCGUCAAGGCCCUUGAAGAAGUCACUGUAAAGUACGAUAGCACAGUCCGAGAUUCUCGGGGCAAUAUCGUUCAAUUCAUAUAUGGAGAAGAUGGUCUUGAUGGUGGACAUAUCGAAAAUCAGAAGGUUGACAUCGUCACCAUGUCUGACAAGGCUUUCAUGAACCGUUACUCUGUCGAUGUCAUGAGCGGCGACACCUCGAUGUGGAGAGGCAAACUACUCCAAGCCAGAGAGAUUCAAGGUGAUACCGAAUUGCAAGAGCUUUUCGACGAAGAGCUUGAAGAUCUGCGCGAGUCCCGAGAUUUCCUUCGAAAGAUGGGCAAAGGCACCGAGGAUAAUUUCCAAUUGCCUCUCAACGUUGCGCGAAUCAUCGAUCAGGCACAGAAGAACUUCAAGAUCCGACGUGGAGAUAGGACUGACCUUGACCCUCGCUACGCACUCACCGCUGUCAAGCAGUUGCUGGAUCGUCUCAUCGUUGUUCGCGGUGAUGAUGCCAUUUCACAAGAGGCACAAUCGAACGCCACUCUUCUUUUCAAAGCACAGUUGCGAUCUCGUCUCGCUUACAAGAGACUUGUUCUUGAACAUGGUCUGAACCGAUUAGCCUUUGACAAUGUCAUCGGUGGUAUUGAGAGUCGAUUCAUCGCGGCGCAUGCUAACCCUGGUGAAAUGGUCGGUGUCCUGGCUGCGCAGUCUAUUGGAGAACCUGCUACUCAGAUGACUUUGAACACCUUCCAUUUUACUGGUGUCUCUGCCAAGAACGUCACACUGGGUGUCCCUCGUCUGAAGGAAAUUUUGAACGUCUCCCAGAACAUCCGCACACCAUCAAUGACGGUCUAUCAACUCCCAGAGUACACUGGCGACAAAGAGGCAGCCAAGUUACUUCGAAGCCGAGUACAGCAUACCAACUUGCGAUCCGUGGCUGAGACAUGUGAAUUGUGGUACGAUCCAGACAUCCAAAGUACUAUCAUUCCCGAGGAUCUCGAUAUGGUCGAGUCAUACUUCAUUAUUCCUGAAGACAAUGAGGCAGACCUUUCCCUCCAUUCGAAAUGGCUUCUGCGUAUCACGCUUAGUCGCGCGAAGCUCCUUGACAAGGGAUUGAACAUUCAAGAGGUCUCGUCAAAGAUCAAAUCCACUUAUGGCAAGGACCUGUCAGUGAUCUUCAGUGAUAUCAAUGCCGAUGAGCAGGUCAUUCGUGUUCGACUGGUUCAGAACUAUGGUAAGGACGAAGAAGAAGACCGCAGAGAGGACGAUGAGAUUCUCCGCCGCUUCCUGAACGAAAUGCUCGAUCACCUCACAUUCCACGGUGUUCCUGGAGUAUCAAGGGCCUUCAUCGAUCAGAAGAGCAAAGCCAUCAUUGACACGGACAAUUCCGUCAGAAUGACCAAGUCUGACCCCAAAUGCAACGAGUAUGUCCUCGAGACUAGCGGCAGCUCUUUCGCAAAAGUUCUCGCGAUCGAUGGAGUCGAUACCAGUCGUACCUACACCAACAGAUUCACUGAGAUUUUCGAGGUGCUGGGUAUCGAAGCUACCCGUGCUGCCAUUCUCCGAGAAUUGACUCAAGUAUUGUCUUUCGAUGGUUCAUAUGUCAAUGCUCGUCACUUGGGUAUUCUUUGCGAUGUGAUGACGAGUCGUGGCUAUGUCAUGGCUGUCACCCGUCAUGGUAUCAACAAAUCUGAUACUGGUGCUCUCAUGAGAUGUUCGUUUGAGCAGACCGUGGAGAUUCUUCUUGAAGCAGCUGCUGCUGGUGAAUUGGACGACUGUCGGGGUGUAUCUGAAAAUUUGAUCCUGGGUCAACCUGCUCCCGUCGGAACAGGCACUAUGGACAUCUUGCUCGAUCACAACAUGCUGUCAACAGUUGUCACCGACAAUGCCAAUCUCGGCCUUGGAGGAGUCAUCGGUGUUAAAGGCACCCAGCAAAUGUUGGAGGGCGCUGCGACUCCCUACGAUAGUGGCUCACCAAUGCAGGACAACCAGUACCUUGGUUCCCCGGAUUAUGGUGCGUCUUUCUCGCCAAUUGCUGCUUCUGGGUCGGAGACUCCUGGCGGGUUCACGGACUAUCAACCUGGCUUUGGUGGCGCUGGAGGCUUCAGUCCCUAUGGGGCUCGCAGUCCUGCAGGAUAUUCUCCGGCCAGUCCUUUCGGUGGUAUGAGCCCGGCUUCGCCUGGUUUUUCACCAACCGCUGGGUACUCGCCUACCUCCCCAGCCUUUGGUGCAACCAGUCCUGGCUUUGGCCCAACGUCACCGUCGUUUUCUCCAGCCAGUCCAGCAUUCACGCCGACCUCACCUGCGUACUCGCCUACCUCGCCUGGUUAUCAAGCAUCGCCAACGUCACCCAGCUACUCUCCAACUUCACCGAACUACUCUCCGACGUCUCCUGCCUAUGGCAACUCCCCAACAUCGCCAAGUUACUCUCCUACGUCUCCAGCAUUCAGCCCGACGUCACCGACUUCACCGACAUCGCCUGCCUACAGUCCCACGUCACCACAGUAUAGCCCGACUAGUCCUGUGUAUGGCGAUGGCAAGCAGCAAUCUCCCACGUCACCAAGCUAUUCUCCGACGUCUCCUACGUACAGUCCUACCAGUCCGACUUCGCCAACUAGUCCCUCGUACUCACCUACGAGUCCGAUGUACAAUGCAUCGCCGCGAAGCCCGCAAGGGAGACCAGGUGGUAUUAGUAGUCCACAAUACUCUCCCAACAGCCCGCAGUAUUCUCCGACUUCUCCAAAAGAGGACAAGGAUGACUAGUACUGCUUUGUAUCAUCACACGACAUCAUUGUCGACCAAAAACAACUUCAGGUACAUGCAAGAAGGAUCCAUUAGAUUGACCUUCUUUCUUGACAUGCUCUAUGACGUUGCCAUGUUAUGUUUUAUCAUGCCUUAUUUUAUCGUUUGGCCACUAAAUUGUCACGGACGCCAACGGCCGUCCUAUUCCGGCUACGUUGCUACUUUCCAACCAAACCCCAAAAAAGAUUCGAAUUCACAAAUUAGCGAUGGCGUUGGAUGGUUUUUAUUCGCUUGGUUUUUUUUCUCGAAGCACGAUCGAAGCACUCUUUGAGGUGCUCGCAUGAACUGGAGAGGAAGUGAAGAAUGCAUUUUCAUACAGGGGAAAGCAAAGGAUGACGAUUACCCUAUUUUCCGAUGGAUGUGCUCACCAAGCAAAACGGGGUGAGAGCGAGAGUAGAGAGAGGAUAGGCAGGGUUCGUUGUUGCGAGUUGUAGAUUCAGAGAAGGAAGUGUUUCGAGGAAGAAUGAGCAGCUGGAGUUGGCCGAGAAUUGAUCCAGGGUGGUGUGGGAGGCGAGGCAGUGGGUGGUGCAUGAGGCUUUUUCUUGCUGUGUACUUUAAGAGAUAAUUUGCAUAGACUGACUUGGCUUGCUGGGACGAAAAAGGGACGGGCAGAUGCGGUGCAAUGCGAAAGGCAUCAAGAGGCGAGAAGAGAUUCAGAUGAGAUGACGGUCGACCAAUUGAAAGGGUUCUGGCCUAGACAGAACGCACUGCGUAAACUUGAUUCAUUAGAUUGGCUUGCUCAUUUUUCAAAACAAAAUGUCUGUUUGCUUAAUUCGUGAG